UCAACCCAAUUUGGGGAAGAAUUCAGAAAGCUCACUCCAGUCAAUUUUCCCAAUUCGCUCGUCCUUCAUCCUCUUCGAAGUUUCGAUUCGUCUUCGCUUCGUCGUCGGUCUCUCUCACGCACAUGCAUUCGGAUUUCGCGAAAUCUUAGCAAUGAGACCGAUCGUCUGCUGAGGAAAUCGCUGCCAGAGAAGAAAGGAAGAAAAUGAUGAAGACGAAGCCGUUUCAGGGGGCGAACGUGUUCAUGUCGAGGAACUUGGUGCCCCCCGAGCUGUUCGACACGCUUCACGACGCACUCAAGCUGAACGGAGCUGAGGUCUUCCUCUGCUGCGAUCCUUCUCGGAAUGGGCCCUGCGAUUUCCACGUUAUCUCUUGUCCCGAUCACGAGAAGUUCGAGGAUCUUCAGGCGAAAGGGUGUAAGCUAGUUGGUCCACAGUGUGUGGUUUCAUGUGCAAAAGAACGGAGACCUCUACCUCAAAAAGGGUAUGCUUGUUGUCUUGCAAUGGAUGGUGUCAAAGUCCUUGCAUCUGGAUUUGAGAUGGAUGAGAAGGCUGAGAUCGAGAAACUGGUAACUUCAAUGGGGGGAGUUCUACAGACAAAAACUUCGGCAGAUGUUAGCUUCGUAAUUGUGAAGAAUGUUUUGGCUGCAAAAUACAAGUGGGCUUUAAAUGUUCUGAAGAAACCUGUUGUCACCAUCAAUUGGUUAUACCAAUGCCGUAACGAGCACCGUGUUGUACCUCAGGAGUCUUACAGAGUUCUUCCAUUUUCUGGAUUGACAAUAUGCGUCACUGGAAUUCCUGCAGAUGCGCGGAAGGAGAUUCAGAAACAUAUUACACAAUAUGGUGGGAAAUAUUCUGCAGAAUUGACCAGGAAGUGCACUCAUUUAAUUGCAGAUGCUCCAGAAGGUGAUAAAUACAAGGUCGCUAAAAGAUGGGGUCACAUUCAUAUUGUGAAUCGCAAAUGGUUUGAUCAAUCAACUUCCAGGAAAGCAUGUCUUAAUGAGGAGUCCUAUCCUGUUCAGGGUAGUUCCAUGUCGUCAGUGAAAACCGCAAGUAGUCAGCAAAAUCAGGAGAGAGUUAUUAGAAGUUCACAGUCUCUCCCCUCUUCAAUGGUUGGAGAUGGGGACUUCCAUUCCAUUUCAGCUACUGACCAUGAUGAUCCAGAUUUAGAGACUACUCUCUCUCAGAAUAUGUCUUCAAUGUUUGUGGAUCCCCAUUUCCUUGCAAAAGAGGAUAAUAAUGAAGUGCCAGCUGUGCAAUCCAAUGGGGAGGUGAAUCAUGAUGGUUGUGUUGCUGAAGACUCUGAAAAUGAAGACAAUGACCUGUAUUUGUCAGAAUGUAGGUUAACACUUGUUGGUUUUGAGUCUUCUGAUCUGCGAAAUCUAGUCAAUAUGGUGCGGAGAGGUGGAGCCUCCCGGUAUGCAACUCUAAACGAAAGAUUGACGCACAUUGUAGUUGGAUUACCUUCAGAAAGUGAGAAAAAGGAGGUAAGAAGUGUUGCCUCACUGGGUCUUAUUAAUGUGGUGCGAAGAGGAUGGCUUGAAGACUGUGACCGUGAAAAGAAGGAAGUCCCUGUCCUGCAUAAGCACAUUGCCCUUGAUUUACUCGUCCCAAAAGGAUCUAUGUACUUCAACAAGGGACCUACCAUCAACACAAUUAGCGUGAACCAGGGAAGCAGCAACUGUGCUCUGCCUAGAAUCCCUGCUGAUCAGCUGUUGGGUAAUUCUAAUGGUGAAGUUAGAGUAUCACUUGAUAAACACGAGCAGGAGCAAAUUACAAACGGCAGAACCAGUCUUGAAGGAGUAGCAAAACUAUCGGAGCCAAACAUCUCUCUUCCUGUAAGUAAUGAGGAUAAAGUACUUAAGAAGAUGUGGAGCAACUGUCUUACUCAGGAUGGGAAGUCAUCUGGCGUGUUUAAGGGGAGAACUUUUCAUUUCUCCAAAACCUUUCCUGAAGAUAGGCGUGAUGAAAUUAUUGAAUGGGUUAAUCAAGGAGGAGGUGUAGUGGUGGGCGAUCACGAAACACAGAAUGUUCAUUUCAUCAUCGAGUGUCAUGGCGUAAAGCCCAAAGGCGAUAUCGUCCGAACUAUUUGCGUAUCCAGUCACUGGAUUAGAUGUUGUUUAGAGGAUGGCUGCUUGCUGGAUGUUGAUAGUCACGUCCUCUAUUCUCCGCUUCCCUGUCGGGUUCCUCUUCCAGGGUUUGAGAGUAUCCGGUUUUGUGUUUCCCACUAUGAAGAGAAAGAUCGACUUUUACUAAGAAAUUUGUGUUUUACUUUGGGGGCCAAGUUUGUGUUAAAGCUGACUAGAAAAGUCACACAUCUAUUGUGCAAGUUCAGAAAUGGGCCAAAGUAUGAGGCAGCGUGUAAAUGGGGUAUUAAGUCAGUUACAUGUGAUUGGAUAUAUGAAUGUGUCCGGCAGAACAAGCUUGUACCUUCUGAUCAAUUUUGCCCAAAGGAAGUUUCUGAACAAGAAGCAGGAGUAUGCGCUAUGACCCAGUUUCCUUCACAGAUUGUCCAAACAAUGUCUGGAGAUCAUCCAUCACAGUUUCCUAGUCAAUCACAAGACUCGAGAAUUACCCGUAAUCAGAGCGUACACAAGUUCUCUUGGGAAGAAACUGACAACUCAAGAUCUAGUAAAAAGGCAAGAGUCACUCCAGACAAUGCCCCCAAAGAUUUGCGCUCGUCUAGAGAACAUCUUAGUUACCCUACCAGCAAUAGUGAUUGCAGUAAAGGAGAGAAAUUGAAUAAUUCUGGGGAAGUUGGAGAUGCUGUUCCUGACGUUGCUGCAGCGAUUGAGGAUUUGCUGGAGCAGACAAGUAAGAUUCAUGAUCUGAAGUCUCCAGUGAGGAUUGUGAGUGAUGGAAGCGUCUCCUUUCUAUCAGGCCAAGAGCAUCCAGGGCCUCCUACAGUAGUUGGAUUGUCCAAGCAUUGGAUAAACAGGAGCCAGAAGAAUGAGAAUAUCUGCAACCCUUCUGGAAAUGCAAGCGCCUUUGAUGGUUUUAGUGAGACACAAACUGAUUCUCAGGUUGUUGGUUAUGAGGAAGAUUUGUCAGGUCGGCAAAUGAUUAUAGAUCGAGUUCGAACACAAAUCAGCAUGAGCUAAGCGUGGCCGAAUUUGUGUAAUAGAUCAAUUUAAGAGGUGAUAGUUGAUACGGUGAAAGGACAAGGCUAUUAUAACCUAGGCCAUUUACGACUAAUGCGAGGUUGGAAUACACUUAUGCAUUGCGGUCGUCCUGGAGAGAUGAGCACAUCACGAGAUGUGGAUGGCGGGCUGCCCCCAUAAAGAAAAAUGAGUUAUUUAACUUUCACACAUUGAUGCUUUUGUAAUAGUCUAUUAGUGCCUAAUAUGGUAGAGAAUUGUAAAAUGAACGAUCUGUAUGAACAAUACAUGGAAGCCUUUUUAUGAUGAGAUCAACUGUAUAUUAUGUUA